AUGGCAGCGUCUUCUUUCCGAGGCUCCUCCGGGGACCCGUCUCCCCUCCUGACGGCGGCCAGCCGGCGCGCGCUGCAGCUCUCCGGGACCCCCGUGCGGCAGCUGCAGAAGGGCGCCUGCCCGGCGGGUCUCCACCAGCUGACCAGCCCGAGGUACAAGUUCAACUUCAUCGCGGACGUGGUGGAGAAGAUCGCGCCGGCCGUGGUCCACAUAGAGCUCUUCCUGAGACACCCUCUGUUUGGCCGCAAUGUGCCCCUGUCCAGCGGGUCCGGCUUCAUCAUGUCGGAGGCCGGCCUGAUCGUCACCAACGCGCACGUGGCGUCCAGCACCAACGCUGUCUCCGGCCGGCAGCAGCUCAAGGUGCAGCUGCAGAACGGGGACACCUACGAGGCCACCAUUAAAGACAUCGACAAGAAGUCAGACAUCGCCACCAUCAAGAUCCACCCCAAAAAAAAGCUCCCAGCGCUGCUGCUGGGCCGCUCGGCUGACCUGCGGCCGGGCGAGUUUGUGGUGGCCAUCGGCAGUCCGUUUGCGCUGCAGAACACGGUGACCACGGGCAUCGUCAGCACGGCCCAGCGGGACGGCAAGGAGCUGGGCCUCCGGGACUCUGACAUGGACUACAUCCAGACGGACGCCAUCAUCAACUAUGGGAACUCCGGGGGACCCCUGGUGAACCUGGACGGCGAGGUCAUUGGCAUCAACACGCUCAAGGUGGCGGCCGGCAUCUCCUUCGCCAUCCCCUCAGACCGCAUCACGCGCUUCCUGGCCGAGUUCCAGGACAAGCACGUCAAAGACUGGAAGAAGCGUUUCAUCGGCAUACGGAUGCGGACCAUCACUCCGAGUCUGCUGGAAGAGCUGAGAGCCAGCGACCCAGACUUCCCGUCGGUCAGCAGUGGGAUCUACGUGCAGGAGGUCGCUCCAAACUCACCUUCUGAGAGUUUUGAAAGGUGGACAAGGAAUGCCCCUCCCCCGGCACGCUGGAACUCAAUGUGGCGGUAG